AUGUCUCCUAAAGUACUGUGCGCCCCCAGUGACCUGUGCACAUCCAGAGACUCAGUGACGCUCACCAGGUUUUCUGUUCACCAGCCCGUGAAUGAAGCCGGUCACCCAGGUGAACUUUCGCCUUGUAAACCACUGAUUGUUGUCGGAGGGGAAACCUCCUCAUUGAAAACUUUAAAACACAGUACCAGAGGUAACAAGGUUGGACAGCGCGGCAGGCGCAGAGUGAAAGCAAACGACAGAGAGCGCCACAGGAUGCACAACCUGAACUCAGCUCUGGACGCGCUGAGAAGCAUCCUGCCGGCGCUGCCCGAUGACACGAAGCUGACCAAGAUCGAAACUCUGCGCUUUGCCCACAACUACAUCUGGGCUCUGACCGAGACUCUGCGCAUGGCCGACCAACACGGACACACGCCGGAAUACCUCGCGGUGGGAUCAGAGCUGAGCAGCCCAACAAGUGUUUCAUCUGCGGAGUGGGACGCAGCAUCACCUGCAAAGUCUGGUUAUGUGACCUCAGCUGACUUUGACCAAAGAAACUGUUACGCUUCAGCUCAUGAAAUGAACUGCAAGAUUGUAUCAAGAGAUCAGUCCAGUGUUACUUUUUAUUUCAAGUCAUUCUGUGGUGAAAAUUAUCUCAAAAACACUGUUGACUUCUCAUGAACUCCAUCUUUCUGUGAGGAAGACUUUAUGAAUCUGUAUGGUGCUGCCGCUCUGACUGAUGUGGGUUGAAAAACAUAUUCAUCAGUGAUGGUUGAAUACUCAUUUGACCAAAAACCCAACAUGCUUGUGCCCAUACAGAGCAGUGCAGCUGCUUUUUCUACCUUCAGUGUGAAUUUUGCUUUUUUAAUAGAAUCAUUUCAAAACUACCGUUUAAAAGAUGAAGUACUUUCCAAAGUAAGGAGUUAAUGUCAUCUGAGACAUGGUGAUUUCAUGACCAUGUUGCACUCUUACAAUCCCACUUUUACUAAAGCACAAUCAAUGAUUGAGGAAGACGACAUAAUUUGUUUAAGCUAAAAUAUUUAUUUGGUGGUUUUAUUCAAAUGUGAGAUAUUUUUGCUGCAUAAAAGUAGGUUUAUUUAUUUAAUAAAAACUGUAAAAAAGUAGUCUGGCUUCCUGUUGUUUCCAUGAUUCAGAAUAAUGAACAUUUACAAAGACAAAUAUUACAUUAACACAGUGGCUCUCAAUCAAAUGCAAAACUAUGUUUUAGGGAGAGAAAAAAAA